GAGAGGGGCGAACAUGGCUGAAGGCAGCAGGGGCGGCUCAACGUGCGGCGGCGGGGUGGGUGGCAGGCAGAACCCGGUCCCCAGCAGCGGCGGCUGCAACUUCCCAGAGUACGAGCAUCCUGAGCUGAAUACGCGCGUUUUCCAUGUGGCCGCUUUCGGGGAGUUGUGGCUUGGUCGGCUGCGCGGGGAAGGGGACUUGUCGCUGAAGGAGCCGCCGGCACCGGCGCUGCCCGGGGGCCGAGGGGUUGCCGACUCCAACCGGGAGGAUGAGGCCGUGGCCCGGGAUCUGGGCUGCAGCCUGGAAGCGGCAGCCGAGCUAAGGGCGGUGUGCGGUCUUGAUAAACUGAAGUGCCUUGAGGAAGGGGAGGAUCCAGAAGUCAUCCCAGAAAAUACUGACCUAGUGACUUUGGGGGUUAGAAAGAGACUUCUGGAACACCGGGAAGAAACCAUAACGAUAGACCGGGUCUGCAGACAAGAAACAUUUGCUUAUGAGAUGGAGUCACAUGCCAUAGGAAAAAAGCCUGAAAAUCCAGCAGACAUGAUUGAAGAAGGAGAGCUUAUCCUAUCUGUGAAUAUCUUGUACCCUGUUAUAUUUCAUAAGCACAAAGAACACAAACCGUACCAGACGAUGCUGGUAUUGGGCAGUCAAAAGCUCACGGAACUGAGGGAUUCAAUUUGCUGUGUCAGUGACCUCCAGAUUGGUGGGGAAUUCAGCAAUACUCCUGACCAAGCCCCUGAGCACAUCAGCAAAGACCUAUAUAAAUCAGCCUUCUUUUAUUUUGAAGGAACAUUUUACAAUGAUAAAAGAUACCCUGAAUGCAGAGAUUUGAGCAGAACCAUCAUUGAGUGGUCAGAGUCCCAUGAUAGAGGCUAUGGAAAGUUUCAGACUGCUAAGAUGGAAGAUUUCACCUUCAAUGACUUGCAUAUUAAACUGGGUUUUCCAUACUUAUACUGUCACCAGGGAGACUGUGAACACGUUGUUGUCAUUACUGACAUAAGGAAGCUACCAGCAGUACUUUACACAAAGAGUAAACCUUGAAGAAGGAACACAUGGAAUGCAAAGCAGAAUAGGUAAGACAUAAAAAGGAACUCUCAGAAUGAUGGGAAAGGGAAGUCCCAGAAUGAUGGCUGUAGAACAGACCUAGAGAACAGCUUAGUCCAGAGAUUGGAGCAGGACGGGGGACGAAGGAAGCAUGUCCUGAGACUGCUAGACCUCCCGUUGGUGUGUAGCCCAUUUGGAAAGCACGUUUACCAUUCUGUCAGCAAAUAGGGAACUGAAUUAGUGACAGGUACACUGAAACCUAAGCAAAUGCAAACAUGAGAGAAUUAGUAGCUAGAAAACAAAAGUGUUACACAGUAAAAUGAACCUAUAGUCAAUUCUGUGGUUUAGGGGGAUGUUUAAUUCAUUUGUCAUAAUUUAAACAUUAAAUAUCUAUUUAACCAAAGUUUAGUAGUUCUGCAGAGGGAUGUUGAGGAGCUAAAUUAAAAAGAGGCAGUUAAAAGAAUGGAAAACAGUUGCCUCUAGGGAAGAAUUGAUGAAGCAAGAGCCAGGAGAGCUCAUAAACCUCAUAGAUUUAUAUGACUUAAAAUUAUUUAGGUUUACUUCUUUGAUAAAGUGUUAAGUUUUUAUAAAAUGUUCUGCUUGCUCUUCACUCAAAUGAGGGGGAGUGUGCCUCAGUAUAAGCAUAAGAUGGAAGACAGUCGACUUUUUUCUGGUGAUCUGAGUCUCCUUACAUUUCUUACAGUGUAGGCAUAUUGCUGUACAGUGUCAUUCCUUAAAUUCAAGGCGACUUGGAAAAACAAUUUACACUUGUUAAGCAUUUGCACUAUAGGACUUUCCUAAGGAGUUUUUU